AUGUCCAUCUUUGCCCUCUUACCAGCUUUGUCGCCCUUCCUUUUCUCUGCUCUCGUCGUGAGUGGCCUCGCCUCCAAGGCUUUACAUAUUGCGCUACACUUUCAGUCAUUACCGUUUCUCUAUUUCGUCCUCUACUCGCCUACCCUUAUUCUUCCGGAUGUCUUAGUUAUCAUCUUCGUGCGAGUCUUGUUACGCUUUCAUACGCCAGAAAGUCGAUGGCAAUGGCUCUCGACUGGAUUGGGAGGGGCACUGUCCUUGAUCACAUGGGGUGCUUCUUCUAUCCAGUUUGGGUUCUUUAUGCAGACCGGUGCCGAGGUCGCCUGGGCAGCUGGUGGUAGCUUCCUAAGCGAUCCGGCGGCGAUGAAAAUUCUCCUCAGCGGUAUCUCAACUGUGUCCGCUGCGGCCACCGUUCUAGGAUUGGUGGCCUGGAUGGUUCAUUCGCAUUUGUACAACAUCACCGGUCUAGGCUUGCAGGCGAUCCGAGACCUCAAGUCGUGCAUGGCCUCGGUGGACCUCCGGUCGUUCCGCCGCAUUAUUCCCGCAGUCGCCGUUUGUGUCUCGCUCAUUUUCUUGGAAAUAACUAGGCCCGCUAUACCAUAUGAUCAUAUCUCCGGAGCUCUACCAUUGACACUGCUCGACGCUUUCCAGAAAAAGACAGCGACGGUGGAAGGAUGUCGCGAGCCCACCAGGCCAUUCCCUCUGAUGAUCACGGACGAUAAUGGGGUGUCGCGUCCUCAAUUCCAACCGGACUCGACGUUUGUGGAACAAUGGUCACGAGCUACAUGGCUUCCCGAAAAUCCGCCCCGAGGAUUCAGCCGCUGGGACCUCAGCCCGAGUGACCGUGCAGAGAAGGACAAUCAUUAUUCUUUUGUUUGCGCUAGUGAUCAGGGAUUCUACGACCCGAAAAAUGAUCCGCUAAUGAUCACAAAUUUGGGUGGCGAAAUUUAUGAGCCCCUCCAAAAGGCUUUCAAAGAGCACUCCGUUGAGGUCAACCACAUAGUGCUAUUAACACUCGAAAGUGGCCGCAAGGAACUUUUCCCCACACAGCAGGGUACCCCGUUGUUCGAUGGCCUAGUCGCGUCUCAUAAGAAGGAGAAAAUCAACGAGGCCAUUGAUCGUCUGGUCACAAUGACCCCGGUGGCUCAACAGCUGACAGGCGAGUACGCAACCGAUAGCAAGGGGAAGAAGGUCGACUUGAGCCACUCUCCGUGGCAGAACCCGCCACAAGAAGGUAUGGGAGGACUUAAUGUCCGUGGUGCCAUGACAGGUAGCUCCUUAACUUUCAAAAGUGUUUUGGGAAGUCACUGUGGUGUGAACCCUCUGCCGGUGGAUCUGCUAGAGGAGUCUCUGCUAGAAAUUUAUCAGCCAUGCUUGCCACAGAUAUUCGAUCUGUUCAAUCAAGGCAAGUCGCAAUCGGAGCAGCGCCGGGAGAACUCUUCGGAGAGUAAUUCUGCGGCUCUAAAGAACCCCUGGAAGUCUGUCUUCAUGCAAUCAAUUACGGAUGACUACGACCGUCAGGACGUGCUGAAUGAAAACAUGGGCUUUAAGCACAAGGUCGUCAAGAGUGAUCUAGUAUCACCGCAAGCGAAAUACAAAGCUAAGGGCGAAGAGAUCAACUACUUUGGCUAUGCGGAGACUGAACUGCGACCAUACGUGUUAGAUCUAUUCGAGGAAGCUGCAAAUAACAAAACCCGCAUGUUCUUUUCACAUGUGACUAGCACGACCCAUCACCCUUGGAGUACGCCAGAAGAUUUCGAGAAAGAGCCAUACAUGAGCGACCAGGGGAACAUCAACCACGACCUGAUGAACAACUACCUGAAUGCCGCCCGCUUCGUGGACAAUUGGCUUGGGGACAUUAUGACCAUGCUGGAUCAAACGGGGAUCGCCAACGAGACUCUAGUCGUUGUCGUUGGAGACCACGGCCAAGCCUUCGGCGAAGAUAACAAGGACAUGACCGGCACGUAUGAGAAUGGCCAUAUUAGCAACUUCCGUGUACCCUUGGUCUUCCACCAUCCGCAUAUGCCUCGAGUGGACAUCACCGCCAACGCAACCGCCCUCACCAUCGUCCCCACUAUUCUGGAUCUGCUCGUGCAGUCGAACUCCUUGGACGAGCGUGACUCCGAGAUCGCCUCUUCACUCCUCCCAGAGUAUCAAGGCCAGUCUCUCCUACGUCCCUUCCUCUCUUCUAUGGAGGAACCACACCACCGCCGUGACUCCCAUCACCAUCCCCACCCCGAUGAGCAUCCGGAGCACGAGCGAGAAGACACCCGGCACGGACCCCGGUCCCACCCAGCAGCCCCAGCCAAACGUCUUGUUUGGAAUAUCGGUCUGAUCAACGCUGGUGGCUCGAUGCUCUCCAUCAUGGCAGCCGAUGUCCCAUACCGUCUCAUCCUUCCGCUGAAGGAUGGAUUCGAGUAUACAUUCACCCACCUAGGCGACGACCCCGGUGAAACCCACUUCACCAAGGCAUGGACUCUUGAGGAGCUUAUCGAAGAGGUCGAGCCUAAAUAUGGCGCUGAGUCCGCUGAGUGGCUCACGAACGCCGAGCUAGUUGGCAAGUGGUGGGUGAGUGAACAAAAACGCAUUUGGGGUUACCGUGAAGCAUAG